CCCUUUUUAGGUUGGUCUUCAAGAAAUGACCCAUCCCAUGGGUUCAUGAAUCAUGUAGUCCUGCCGCUGAAAACAAGGAAAACGCAAUUAAAACAAGUGGUUUUUAUAAAAUGGUUUGUCUUGUAAUUGCAGGGCUGAGAGGGAGCCUUGCAAGAGAGCUAAUGCAUGGUGAGGGGAAGCGAAGCGCUCACCGGCCAGAAGCUAGCCCAUUGUCUCUGGUCAGACCUACUUGAAGCACAAGGAUCUCUGCCAGUUUCUGUAUUUUAAACCUGACACUUCUGUCUGCAGAGACUUCUUUUAAUAAUUUUUUCUUCCCGGGAGCUGUCCCAUUCAGCCUGCAGAGUUCCUGGGAACACCAGAUCAUGAGGACAGAGCACCCUUUGUAAUGGGGAAUUCGUCUGCGACACGUGGAGAACAUUGUGUCCAAGAACGCUAUGCAGUACCGCGGGAAUGCCCAGCACGAUGCGCAGGAGUUCCUGCUUUGGCUUCUAGACAGAGUCCACGAAGAUCUGAACAAUGUAGUGAAUUACAGUGGCAUGCCUUCGCUCAAGCCACCGCUGGAGGAUGAUGUGCUGCUUGAGGGACCAGCCUUUCCAAUCAGUAGUACUUUUGUGCAAGAACUCUUUCAAGCCCAGUACAGGUCCUCUCUGACGUGCCCUCAUUGCCAGAAGCAGAGUAACACCUUUGACCCUUUUCUCUGCAUCUCUCUGCCGAUUCCUUUGCCUCAUACACGGCCUCUCUACGUCACCGUGGUGUACCAGGGGAAGUGCUCACACUGCAUGCGGAUUGGGGUGGCAGUGCCCAUCUCUGGAACGGUGGCCAGGCUGCGGGAGGCUGUUUCUUCAGAGACCAAGAUACCCACGGAGCAGAUUGUGCUGACAGAGAUGUACUACGAUGGGUUUCAUCGUUCCUUCUGUGAUACUGAUGACCUGGACACCAUUCAUGAAAGCGACUGCAUUUUUGCCUUUGAGACCCCGGAGAUAUUUAGGCCUGAGGGUAUUCUUAGUCAGAGAGGAAUACAUGUGAACAAUAACCUGAAUAACUUGAAAUGUGGCACUGAGCGCUCCCGAACAAUAUCUUACUCUCAAGGAACAGUGAAGUCUGGAAAACUGGAACAGUCCUCUACUAAACCAGCAGCAAAUGACAAGAUUGUCUUGCUGGUGUGUAACAGGGCGUGCACUGGACAGCAGAGCAGAAGGUUUGGCUUGCCCUUUGUGUUGCAUCUGGAGAAAACAAUUGCUUGGGAUAUUCUGCAGAAGGAAAUUCUGGAGAAGAUGCAGUAUUUCCUGCGGCCUGCAGCCUGCCUGCAGGUUUGCCCAUUCAGCUUGCGAGUGGUAAGUGUUGUGGGCAUAACGUACUUGCUACCUCAGGAGGAGCGUCCCCUCUGCCAUCCAACAGUGGAAAGGGCAUUGAAGUCAUGUGGACAGGGGGGAACUGCUCAUGUGAAAUUAGUGGUAGAAUGGGACAAAGAAACUAAAGAUUACUUGUUUGUGAAUACGGAAGAGGAGUAUAUUCCAGAUUCUGAAAGCGUCCGCCAGCAGAGAGAGCUUCAUCAUCAACCUCAGACCUGCACUUUAUCUCAGUGUUUCCAACUGUACACCAAAGAGGAACAGCUUGCCCCAGAUGACGCGUGGCGAUGCCCUCACUGCAAGCAGCUGCAGCAGGGUAGCAUCACACUGAGCCUCUGGACCUUACCUGAUGUUCUCAUCAUACAUCUCAAGAGGUUUAGACAGGAAGGAGACCGAAGGAUGAAACUUCAAAACAUGGUUAAAUUCCCCCUGAGUGGCUUGGACAUGACUCCUCAUGUUGUUAAACGCAGUCAGAGCAGCUGGAGUCUGCCAUCUCACUGGUCACCCUGGAGGAGACCUUAUGGUCUUGGAAGGGAUCCUGAGGACUACAUCUAUGACCUGUAUGCUGUCUGCAAUCAUCAUGGCACCAUGCAAGGGGGACACUAUACAGCAUAUUGCAAAAACUCGGUUGACGGCCAGUGGUACUGCUUUGAUGACAGUGACGUUCAGCAGCUUUCUGAAAACGAAGUCUGCAAGCAGACAGCUUAUAUUCUUUUCUACCAGAGACGCACAGCAAUCCCAUCAUGGUCUGCUAACAGCUCUGUGGCAGGCUCCACAAGCUCCUCGCUCUGUGAGCACUGGGUCAGCCGUCUUCCUGGUAGCAAGCAGCCCAGCAUUGCUUCGGCAGCCUCAUCGCGGCGCACGUCUCUGGCUUCGCUCUCAGAAUCGGUAGAGCUGACUGGGGAGAGGAGUGAAGAUGAUGGAGGAUUUUCGACUCGUCCCUUUGUAAGGAGUGUCCAGCGUCAGAGCUUGUCAUCUAGAUCUUCUGUCACCAGCCCACUGGCAGUGAGUGAAAAUGGUGUCAGGCCCUCGUGGUCGCUUUCUGCAAAACUGCAGUUGCGCUCUAACUCUCCAUCGCGCUUCUCUGGAGAUUCCCCUGUACAUACCUCUGCUUCCACUCUGGAGAAGAUUGGGGAGGCUGCUGAUGAUAAAGUCUCCACCUCUUGCUUCGGCAGCCUUAGAAAUCUCUCUAGCAGUUACUUGGAGCCCUGCGACGGCAGUCGGCGAGAGCACAGGACAGCUCGCAGAGCCCCCUUGGCUGUCAUGGAAGGGGCAUUCAGGGAAGAGUCUGUUGUAAGGACAUCUAGCUCAGAUCUUUCAGAUGGGUAUGGUAAAAGCUCUGUGCAGCCAGACAGGAAUCACCCUGCUUUGGACCCUUUUGAUAACAACAAUCAAAUCGCCUUUGUUGAUCAGAGUGAUUCUGUGGAUAGCUCUCCGGUGAAGGAGGUGAAAGUCCCCAGUGGGACAGUGCUGGCUGCAGAGAAGGCAGGUGGCACCCCUAAGAAGGUUCACAGCUCCAAGGGAGUUUCUGAGCCAGACAAAAGUUUGAGGAAGGGAAGGACAGUCUUAUCUACCCAAGAGACCAAAGUCUCUCACUCUUCUCCUCCACUAAAGAGUUCCCAGAAAGGUUCCCGGUCUAGAAGUAAGACUGACUCCUCUAGGGCCAGUGGGCGACAUGGGUCUCCUGCUCCCACUCAGGCUAGGAAGGACCAUAGCACGAAGCCCCUUGAGGUGGCUGUCCCAUCAGCUCAACAGAAGCAAAAGUCAGGUUCUUCUCCAUCCUCCAUAGCUGCCAAGAAAGCCCCAUCAGGCUCAUUGACUAAGGGCUCUUCUGCUGGGAAGAGCCGGACUUCAGACCGAAGCCUCAGCAGGGAGGGCUCUAAGAUAAGUCUGGGGUCAGAUAAAACGAGCGUUACCAGCAGUUCAAGAACGAGCUCCCCACGGAUCAGCCACUCCAGGAGUGACAGCAUCAGGGCAAUGGACAGCAAGCAUGUGCGGAGUUCCUCUAUGGCCAACCUGCGGUCUCCAAACGUUGGAGUGCGUUCUGGUUUGAAGAGGGACAGCAAGUCAGAAGAGAAAGGACUGUCUUUCUUUAAAUCAGCCUUAAGGCAGAAGGAGACCCGGAGGUCUGCAGACCUGGGAAAGACAACGAUGCUCUCAAAAAAGACAGCAAGUGGCAGUUCCAAGUCAGGCAGUAGAAAUGUGCUGGAAGACAAAUUGGAGAAAGGUGUUGUCCCACCAGCCUCUCAAACCAAUGCCAACAUUACCGCAAAAGAAAAACUUGUCGCAAAAGAUGCCGCACCCAACAAACAUUCUCUGCUAUCCAGUCGCAAGUCCAAGUCUUCCCAGCUAGAUCCCAGAGUCCAGUCUCCUCCUUCCAGCGGCAAGCAGUCUGCUGACAAGCCGCUGAAAAAAUUACCUUCCAGCAUGCAGGUGUCUGUACGGCCUUCUCUGGAACCUCAGUGAAAUGCUGCAACCCAGGUGUCUUUUCUGCUGAGAAGCUAAUUUAUUCUGAGCUCUUGUUUUUUUUGGUUUUUUUUUUUUGUUGUUGUUCAUGUGCCUAAUGUAUGUUUUGAGGAGAAGUUAACUGCAAGUUGUUAAAGCGCCUUUCGAUUCUGCCAUCAAACCAAAUAGCCACAGGCAGCCAGCACUGAUGCAAGUAGUCUAGCUGGAGUUGUCGUUGAGCGUGAAUGCAGCUGUCCCAUAGCACUUGUACAGGAGUCUCUUUGUAGAAAAUGCAACAACUUUCUUCAGGUUCAAGGUUUGAAAUCUGAAACCCAGGUGUACUGACACAAGUGUGUUCUGUAGAGCUGUGAACUGAUAUUCCUUUGGUCUUGUUCUGAGCAGGCUGUGUCCACGCUGGUGUAUGGCCUUGUUCUGAGCUGUGGAGGAUGCGAAGGAAACUGGAAAGGAGAGACUGCUGCUUCUUUAUGCUCUCUCUCAACCCUUUCUCCCUGCUCUCCUCCAUUUUUCAAGCUUUCUCAAGGGCAAUAUUUCAACACUAAUGUUGUUUCUCAGGUAUAUACUCAGCCAGUAUAGGAGGGACUAGCAUUAGUGGAUGGACAGAAACGUACCUGUGUGUCUGUGCGUACACGUGUCUGUAACAGAUUUUGGUUUUGCAUUCCAACAGCAGGAAGUUUUGGGGUGGGUUUUUCUUUGGUUUUUCAUGAAAUGUAACCUGCAUUUUUUUUGUUGCUGUGUCUAUGAAGAGUUUUACUCUGUCCAUACCUAAGGCGACCUCUACUCUGUCCUCUUUAAUUACUUUUUUUUCUUCUGAAACACUAUGCUAAGCAACAGAAGGAAUCGCGGAGCAGCAGCUGGUUGCUGGCUGGUACCUGUGGAAGUGCUGGGCGGGAGACUGUCGCAGUGCUGUAGGAGAGCUGUCUUCAUGCACCCCAACGGCAGCGAUGCCGUUAGGACCCCUGUCCAAACUCCUGAGAAGACGCAUUUCCUAAUGUGCUCAGAUGCUUCAUUGUAGUGGUGUGAAUAUAGCAUCUGUUAUUUAUAGGAGUAAUGUUUAGAUAGCCAAGUGUCGUCUUGUCUCUUCUGCCUUCUCUGAGCAUGCUUUGAACAACACUCUUCAUGCGGGUUGGAGGGGCUGUACCGAAAUACCACGGAGCAGUUUUCACGUCCUCCAGAGCGCUGCUAAGUUCCUCCCUGCAGCGUCCUUGUCACCUUCCCCGCCAGGCCUGGCUGCCACAUGUCUCUUAGCGGAGCGAUCCCUGUUCUUGUUUAGGUGACAGUCUCUAUCAGGGUUAAAACACUACAUCUAGUGACGUCUUUGUUUACAUGCCCUUCAAACGGGGGAGAGUCCUCACAUCCCUUAAGAUUCCUCUUAAAAGGUGUAUUCCUCAAGUCCUCCUGUAUACAUGUGGUAUAAUCUUUUUUUAAUUUCAUGAGUUUUUAUUAAUGUGCUGCUUAUCCUUUAUGUACAGCAGCAGAC